CGGUUUUUGUAAGCAUCCUGGCGACAAGUGUGAGGUCUCCUGUGCCUCACUCCUCCCUCUAGUCCCAUAUAUCACACAUAAAUCAGUAUCGCUCGGGGGAGUCUCCUGAGGUGGUGACCCGCUUCUGUGUCUCCCGUCACCCCAUACUUCAGAUGUCCAGGCUGAAGGGCGAUGAGGAGGAUUACUGGCACGGCUCCAAGUGCAAGGCCUUCACUUUUGAAGAUGAGGAUGAGGAUGGUCUGUCUCAGGUAGAUGACAGCUUCCCGAGAGCGAUCGCCCCGCUGGGCCAGCUCCCCGAGAGCAGUCCCCCCCCCCCCCCCCCCCCCCCGCUGGGCCAGCUCCCCGAGAGCAUGCUGGUCAUCACAGCGGUUUUAAUCUUCCUGAAGAGGACGUUGCGUUCUGACAUCCUGUUUCGGGAGCUGAAGAUCAGACAAGUCGCCUUGAGACAUUUUAUUCACUUCCUGAAGGAGUCUUCGGAGCAGCAGCUGCUGGUGGAGCUUCUGAGGUUCCUGGAGUGGUCGGAGGAGCUGGCUCUGUGUAAAUACCGGGGCCACCUAGACACUGCGGGGGCGGAGGAGCGCAGAGACUUCCUGAAGAGUAAAUGCCUCAGCCUCCCCUUUUCUCCAGAAGAUUCUGCUCAUGUACAAGAUCACUACACGCUGCUGGAGAGACAGAUCAUCAUCGAGGCGAAUGACAAGCACCUUGAGGCCUCGGGUCAGGAGCCGUUCCGCAGACACCCCCGGAAAGCCUCUCUGCUCUUCAUGCCGCUGGUCACCACCCUGUUCUACGCCUGCAUCUACCACUAUACGGAGGGUGAGGGUAUGUUCAGCAGCCCGACCAACCUGCGCAAAACCUUCAAGAUCCCGGAGAAGCUCUACGUCCUGACAGCACUGGCGGCACGAGCCAAGCUCCGCUCCUGGGCCGAUGUAGACGCCCUGGUCACUACAAAGAACUGGCUCGGAUACACCAAGAAGAAGGCUCCUGUUGGCUUUCACCGUGUGGUGGAGAUUCUACAUAAGAAUGGGGCCCCUGCACAGAUCCUACAGGAUUACAUCCGGCUGGUGGAGGACGCAGAGACCAGAAUAGCCCUGGCGACCAAGUACAAGUGUCACGACGUCGUGAUAGAGACAUACAAAGACCUGAAGGACCGGCAGCAGCUGAUGGUUUAUCGAUGUAAAGUGGAUCGGGGGUCCCCGGAAGAAGAGAAAAUAGACGCCAUCCUCAGCAACAUGCAAAUUCGUUGGAAAAACUGAAAAGGGAAAACAAGGAGAUCAACCGACAGGAGAGCAACUGCCCAAGGAUCAACCAACAGGAGAGCGACCAACCGAGGAGCAACCGACUGACAGGAGAGCGACCAACCGAGGAGCAACCGACUGACAGGAGAGCGACCAACCGAGGAGCAACCGACUGACAGGAGAGCGAAUGACCCAACGAGCAGCCAACAGGAGAGCGACCGACUGACUGACCAACAAGCCCUCG